CAUUUACAUUUCUUGAUCCUCAUUGCAAUUCUUUUAUCCUUGUUCAGGAAUUUAUAUGGAAAUAAGAUUCAAAGGAUUCCAUUUGGAACAUUCGACAAUAUGAAUUCGCUAAACUUGCUUCGUUUAGAUAGCAAUUUAUUAGAAUGUGACUGUUCUGUGAUGUGGCUUGUGAAGCAUUUACAUGCGACGAGAAAUCAUUUAAGAGCUUCGGCAAACUGUAAAUCACCCGACUUUAUGGAAGGGAAGAACUUAGUCGACAUGACCGAAGAGGAUUUUCAUUGCAAAAAACCUGAAAUAUUGCAAAAUCCAAAUGAUGUUGAAGUCACUUUUGGAGCAUCUGCCAUUUUUAAAUGUACAGCUGAAGGUGAUCCCAAACCUGAAAUUAAAUGGAUGCUCAACUCGAAUGAAAUUGAUUCGAGCGAUUUAAGGGUUCGUGUUGCGGUUGAUGGAACCUUGCAGAUUGAUAGGAUUGAUACACGAGAUCAAGUUGCAAGACAAUUCUCAGCU